UGCAUUAUUUGUAACUGAGAAAAAGCUCCCAAGACUUGGACUGGAAUGUAUAACACAGAAAUGGCACUUGGUCUAAAACAAUCCGCUUGUAGCAGCUUCGUCGCAGCAUUUGUCAUGUUAUUAUUUCUGCUGGAGAAAGCUUCAGCAAUUCAGCAGACAAGACCCUCUGAAACUGUUUCAGGUGAUGGACAACAUGUUCUGCAAAGAGUCAAGCGUUGCUCCUGCAAUAAUGGUGAUGACACCGAGUGCGUCUACUUCUGUCAUCUGGACAUUAUAUGGGUCAACACUCCUGGAAAGACUGUGCCCUAUGGCCUGGGUGGCCCACGACAUCGCCGUAGAAGAAGGUCUCUGAACAGAUGUGAGUGCACAGACUUCAAGGAUAACACCUGUACUGAAUUCUGCCAGUUAAAAACAUGGAAUAUUAAAAGUCCUGAGGCUGAGCAAACUAUUAAGAAGUCAAAGAAACAUCAAAGAAAUUGCAAAAAGAUUCAGCAAGGAUUAUGCCUGCUAAGCAUUCUAAGGAAAAUUGCACAUUUGCAAUCUGGAUACUUUCUUAAGCAAAAAGCCACUUUGCCUGGAGCAAGCAAAUUCAUCUACUUGUGGCAAAACCUCAUUAGAAAGCAAAAAAGCUAAGCCUGUCAGAGGCAGCUGUUCUUGUAUGAGAAGACCAGGCUUCAUAAGAUGUCACUUCUCUGCAGCGUAGCACCCUAAAGGAGCAAAGCAGUAAGUACGCUGAGAAGAACUUCAUGGAGAAGAAGAUGACACAGUAGAAGCAGAAGAAAUAGUGGCCGAGGCUGCUUCCUGUACAGUCUAGUGGCUCAUGCUUCACAAAACCAAGAGCAAUAGACUCGGGGUAAAUGUCACUCUUUCAAAGAUGACACUAAAGCAUAUUAUGUAGUUGUGACAUUAAAUCAUAUUAUGCCCUUGUGUGGAGGAGUGAUCCAGGUCUACUAGUAUAAAAGGCCUAGCCAGCUGUGUGCAGUGAUACUGAGCUCUUCUGAGAAUUGCCUUUUUCCUUUUUUGUCAUAUACAUUGUUUGUUCUGGACUCCCAAUUAAAGGGACUGAGGAUAUAAGAUAAUGACAUCCACAGCUGAGAGGGUCUGACAUGACUAAGAUUUAUGGCAAAGAAGUGCACUUCAAUCCUACCAGGUGAAUAGUGACUGACAUACAACUUCUUGAGAGAAUGCUAGAACAUCAGCUUUAAAAAAAAUGUAUUUUAUAGAGGUCAUAUGUUAAUUGAACAUUUUUGGAACUUUGGUAUAGGAGGUGUAUCUCCUUCCAGUGCUUAGUUUGUUCAUUGUGUAACCACACACACACACACACAUACACACGCACACGCACGCACACACACACACACACACACACACACAC